GAUAGUUAGCUGAGUUCAAGCUGUUAUAAAGACCGCCAGUCAGCCCGCCACUUUGAUUUCUCCUCACUUUAACUUCACACUUUAAUCCAGAUACGAAGUAUGCACUGGGAGAAAUCACCACCAGCAGCUCUGGCCCGCUCCAGGCCAUACCAGGGAGUUCGAGUCCGAGACCCGGUCAAAGAGCUGCUGAGGAGGAAGAGGAGCCUGGACCUGCAGAACGCCAAGACAGCACCCCCUACUGCAGAUGUGGUCACACACAACAACCCGUCAGCGUACACAAGAGGCGUCUUCAGCUCUGAUAUCUCUGCUGGCUCGCCGGCUGAGGCGUCGCCUGCAGUCAGCGAUGCAGGGCAGCAGUGUGCAGGAUGGAAACCAGCAGCCAGCAGCAGCGGCCUGCAGGCAGCUGUUACUCCGUGGUCUUCAUCAGACUACAGCCAGCAGGACCUUUCAGGAGCUCAGACUCUGGCCUACACCGCCACCCCCACCCUCAGCGCUGAUGUGUACAUGCAGACUCUGUGUCCCAGCUACACCAUGCUGACCUACACACACACACCGCUGCUCACUAACUUUGGGACCAUCCCUGUGGCCCCCGCAGCCUCCCUCCCUCAGAUGGAGUUCCCCGACUCUGGGUUGACCUACCUACCCUGGGCCCCGCCCCUCACCACCAUCUCCACCAUGCCCAACUCAGGGGUCCAGUUUGCCCCUGGCCCCGCAGCUCUUCCUGGAUCUCCUCUGGUCCACAUGCCCAUGGCUCUGACCACCAUGAUCCCUCAGGGUGUGGACCCUCUACCACAGGCGCUGGAUCACCCGCAGCAUCCAGACCACCUGGACCCUGAGUCACACGAUCAGUGUCUGGAUGAAGAUCAGGAUGUGGAGUCUGAGCCCCCGAGUCUCCUGGAUAAACUCCUGGAGGAGCAGAAGGACAAUGAUGAAGAGGAGGACAAGAACUCUUUCAGCAGCUCUCUUUUUGUUCCUGAUAUCUGAAAAUGUGACGGCGGUGUUUCUGUGCCUCACUGAAGUCAUGUGUUGUCUUAUUUUGUAGCCGUAGCCUAAAUCUGACGAUAACAUCACUGCACCCUCACAAUUCAUAGCUACAACCUUUGUUUUAGUUCAUUUGCAGGCUUGAAUGAUGCAAAAAUGCACAAGGAAAGCAAACAUCAGAUAGACUUUUCAUAUUUUGGGAUAAUGGAAAACUCUAACAGGUAGUUUGAACCAUAGACUGUAUAAAUAUUGGACGUAGUAUCCGUGACGUCACCCAACUGUUUCUGAAGCGCUGUCUUGAGACCAAUCGUCAGCAAU